CGCGCGGGCGGCUCGUCGUACUGGCCAGGCGGCCAGCGUCGCACUCGAACGAACGAACAGUCGCACUCGCGUGGCCGUGUUUACGAAUCCCGCACUAUCCUGAUACAACCCUAAUCUGACACUCAAUAUUCAAAUUUGGAAUUUUAUUUUUUUUAUUGUUGUGUGUGACAAUUUGCUGCACCUGAUUUUUGGCUGAUUGGAUUUUGUUUUUGCCGCGUUUUAGAAACGAGAAACGAGAGGCAGCCGACGCGUUUGUAUGGAAUUUUGACUGCAUAAGACAAGAAAAUGGCGCAAAACGGGUACGGACCAGCCGCUGGACACAUCGGCAGAAUUCCCAACUACGGAAAAACUCAGGUCAAUCCAAUGGGUGCCUAUGAACCACCAGCGUGCAUACAAAACGCUAUGAUGACAAAGGACAAGAAGCCUUUCACAUACACGCCUGGUGGCCUCGAUUUAUCACAAAUUCGGACUCCAAGCAUGGCCAGAAGACUGGCCCGGCAGCGAUCUCAAGAAGAACAUGAACAAAACUACGCACAACAACCGACUAACGGCGGCUUCCAUCCGCAAGGAGGACCAGCCCCACCCCCACCACCACCACCGCCACCAAAAAUGCCCGUCCCCCCUCCUCCACCCCCAAUAGUAAUACAAGUACCCAACUCCAAAUCCCCUAAACCGAUUGUGCCCGGCGAACGACCUGAAAUAGUAAUUCCUGAAAACCCAAUCGGAAUGUUACGAAAAACGAACAGUCCUUACCAUUGGGAGACAGAAAAGGCUGAGCUGCAGAAGUUAGGUAACACACCUAGAUAUGUGGAUAAGGUUCCCAGUCCUUUGACUGUUAAAAUGCCUCCUUCUACAUUCACACAGCAACAGCCCCAGAGUUAUAACUCUCCGCCGUCACACAACAAUUUCCAGCGGUCUCCCUAUGGUAAUCAAAAUAAGCCAGAGAGCCCAAUUUACAGACCAGAGCCUCAGUAUUCUCACCAGCACUCUUCAUCCCCGCAAGGGUCACCACCGACGAGAGAAAUUUUGCAACGACAGGACUCUCAAUUUAACAAGAGCCCUCAGCCGUAUGCAGGCCAGCCAAUAAAUAGCGGCUCUCCAUACUCCCCUAGUCCUAACAACAACUGGAGGCAGCCAGAGAAAAGGGACUCACCUGCCAACAGUCCUCAUUCUGCAUCCUCGAAUCGCAGUCAGUUCUCACCGAACGUCCAGCAAUUCUCACCAAAUAACCAACAAUAUUCACCGAACAACCAACAGUAUUCCCCUAACUUCCAAAAUCAAACUCCUCCAACCAACUCCUCUCCAGCUUUCCAUACUUUACCAAGAGUUGGCCAAAGGAACGCAGAUGUUCAAAACAAUAACGUUACGUAUAAUAAUACCAAACCAAGCCCUCCAGCGGAGACCAACGCAGCUCCCUGGAGAACUGCUACACUAAACAGACAUCCUAGGGAGCAAGAUAGUCAACAACCUAUUUAUAAUAAUACUAACUCGAAUCAAGAACAACAAAUCCCUCCAUGGAAAUCGAACCAGGCCACUAAUAACGAGAGUGCCUAUGUCCCGCCGUGGAAACAAGAAAAUAAGGCUCAACAGCAGUAUGUGCCGCCGUGGGUGAACACUCAGGACGCGAAUAACAACAAGGUUCAAGAAAACCAUGCACCAUGGAGGACGCAGGAAGCUCCUGCUUCUCCACCGAAAUCUAACCAACAGCAAGAGCAACCUCGUUACCAGUCAACCAUGUCUAUUCCUGUGACACCAAGAAAACAAAACUUCCAACAGGAGUACAACAACACACCACAAAAGGAGGCAGUAUAUGUAAACGAGGAACCAGUCUACUUCUGCCCUGAAAGUCCGAAAUCUAUACCUCCUUGGGUGAAGACACAAAAGGAAAAGACAAAGACUCCUCCACCAGCGUGGGUGCAGAGGCCAUUGGAAGGCAGAAAGAGUUUAUCGAGGGAGCUGAACACGCCACCAAGAGAUUCAAACCAAGAACCUGAAUGGGUGAAAAAGAGUAAUGAGAUGCAAAGAGGUGCUCGCGAAGUGAUCAGUCCGCCAAAAUACCAGCAACCUGUACAGCCCUCGUGGUCAACGAGGCCCUCAGAGAACCGCAAGAGUUUGCCAAGGGAUAAUGCACCUAGUGCUGCAGGAACAAGGGUUAUUCCUAUUCAGAUGGAGGUGUCGGCUACUGAGACGAGGGAUGGUAGGCACAGCGGUCACCCACAACCUCAGUUGAGGAUAACGAUUGGUAUGAAUAACCCUAGCGAUCAAGCUCGCGCGCCUUUCUCGCCUCCCACCCAACGUAUUAUGAGGGUGUUGUCACCUCAGCUGGUGAGGAUGGACGACUCCAACCAACAGCCAGAGCUGCCGACCCUGAACAGAACCUUCCAAGACAGUCAGCCGAAAACGAGGAUAAUACCGAUACAGAUUGAAGGCGGCAAUGGCGGGGCAAACAAAAGUGUCUACUACCACAAGUUCACGCAAGAGGGUCCCCCAAGGCAAUCGAAGGCUUUCAGGGUCCUUCAGAUCAUAACUGGCACCGAAGACCUGGAUGACAUUCAGGUGAUGGAGAAGCAUCAUGGAUUCACAGAUUUAUGAAGUUUUAGAUAGUAUGUAUAUAAUUAAGUAAUAAUAAAUCACUGUGCUCGGAAAAUUUAAGUAUAAUUUAUUUAGCAGCACAAUA